UGUGCUGGAAGGGAAUCUAAGAUGAAUUUAUGGGAUGUGGUGGCUGUCUGCGUGGUGCUACUCAACUCGAUCUCGACCUUUCCGCUUCCCGCUGGUAAGAGACCUCCUGAGAGGGCCCGCUCAGUGCUAGGAAGAGCUGAAGAAGACCACACUACCAGCAGGCUGCUGAAUCCCUACGCUGGCCAAAUGGAUUCUACUAUGCCUGUGGAUUAUCCCAGCCAACUUGAUGGUGUCAUGGAUUUUAUUCAAACCACUUUAAAAAGACUGAAGAGAUCACCAGAUAAACCACUUUUCUCCAAACGGGAAAGAAACCGGCAAAAUGCAGGAAGGAACAAUAACAAUUCCAGCAGCAGGAAAGGACGGAGAGUUCAAAGGCUCAAAUCUCGGGAUUGUGUCUUAAGUGAGAUUCACUUAAAUGUGACUGACUUGGGUUUGGGAUACACUACCAAAGAAGAGUUGAUUUUCCGAUAUUGUAGUGGUUCGUGCGAGACUGCUGUGUCCCUGUAUGACCAAAUUUUAAACAAUUUAACCCAAAAUAGAAAGUUGGUCAGUGACAAAAUCAGGCCACAGCCUUGUUGCCGACCCAUUGCUUAUGAUGAUGACCUUUCAUUUUUGGAGGAUGACCUAUCAACUUAUCAUAUACUGAGGAAACAUUCCGCUAAAAAAUGUGGGUGCGUUUGAUGUCCUUCUGCGUUUGGACAUUGCUAUGAUAUUGCAUUCCUGCUAAAAUGGCAAAGAAGGGGACCAAGGCUCCCAAGGAAAGAAAAGGGUGGCAUCAAAUGAAGGAAGAGGACCAAGUAUACAGGAGAACAACAGCAGCGGGAGCCUGGUUGAUGGAAAUCCAGCACAGGAUAAUUGGAGAAGAUACAACUUUUGGAGCUUUUAGUUUCUACAGGAAGGCAAAUAGACAUCAAUGCUCAGGGGCUGAGAUCCAGGAUGAAUGGAAAUUACUUACACCAUUGGUUUUGAGAUGAUCUACCACUGGCAAAACUUGGCUGAACAGGUGUUUAUCAACACAAGCUCCCUUUAAAAGCAUCUUCCUUCCUCGUUUUCUCCCCCAAAAUGGAAGUAAAACCAAUGAUCACUGGCCUUAAUCCCAACUUGGAGGCAUAAUCUGGCUUUCAUAUUAACAAGAGAGGGGUUAUGAUCAGCUGCAGGGGCUUCCAUGGAGGGGAGAGUCAACAAUGUCAACUGAAUUCCCAACCCUUUUUAAAUGUGUGUGAUGCAUGUUAAAAAGGAACAAUGCUUCAAUUGCCCAGUCAUACCUAUUAUUUUGCUCUUGUUGACCCCUCCCCUCAUAGACACCCAUGAUCCAAACCUUCCCUAACCUUGCAUCCUCCAAAUGUGUGGACUGGAGUUCCAGAAUUCUUGAUAAUGGCCAUGCUGGUUGAAGAAUUCUGGGAACUGAGAUCCUAGGUUGGGGAAGGCCACUGUGAGCAAUUCUGAGGAAUUUAUCUGGGAUAUUUGGGAUUGAACAGUGGAAUAUAUAGAAAUGUUAUACAGGUAGUCCUCGCUUAACAACCACAAUUGGGACUGGAAUUUCAGUUGCUAAGCGAAGUGGUCAUUAAGCAAAUCUGACCUGAUUUUACAAGCUUUUUUGCAGCAGUUGUUAAGCAAAUCACUACAGGCAUUAAGUG